UCUAGAGACAAAUUGGCCUAGAAACAAGGUUAUAUGAUACAGUCAAUAAUACAGUCAAUAAUACUGAAUGUGAUAUAAUAAUUAUGCAGGAGAGUGUAUACAGUGCACAUGCAUGCAUGCAUAGAAAAUAUAAAACGUAUUUUUUAGCCAUUGCAUAAUAUAUGAUACCAGGAGUGCACCUGAUGAUACACAUUAUAUUAAAUUUUUCAUGUAUUAUAUUUCGUAUACGAAAAUUAAAACUACGAAAUUAUUCUACCGCAUUAGUUACUAUCCUGAGCUGUAUAUACAAAAUUAAUUAUUGAAAUAAUUAUUUAAAUGCCUAUUGGGUAUAGUUCAUACGAAAAUGUACACCAACAAAAAUUAUCCGCUAUAAUUAUGGUAUAGGUAAAUGAUAGAAUAAUUAUAUAAGCUGCAACAUAAUUUUUAUUUACCUCCAAAAUUGUUCAUCGUGCAUGGGAAGAAUGAUAUCCAAACUAUAACCAUACCGACGCGUGGUGACAAUGUCUCGGACCUUAUAGCCAAAAACCGUUCAGUGGUCUUUCCUCACUCGAACUGAUUACCCACUGUAUAACACUGUUUAUGAUGGUGUAUUGUACCUUAUUCAUUCACCUAUAAUUAUACACAUGCAGCACAUUUCCAUUCCUGUCGUAUACAUGCAACUAUAUAUACCGUAUAGCGGGUAAUUUUCGUGGGGUAAAAAAUUCGUUAUUUUCGUGGGCAAGCAGACCUUCACGAAAUUUGUACGUAGACGUGGCCUUACCGGAACGUAUCAAUGCAGUGCAGGCAAUGAGACUGAACGAAAUUUUACUCACGAAAAUCACCGUUUUCGAGUUAAAAUAAGAAAAUUACCCGCUAUACGGUAUAUUAUUGUAAUCAUAAUUAUACUCACAAACGUGUGGUAAUCUAUUCUCUAGAAGCACGCCAUGUACGUUAAUCAAUCUAGCUGUGAUGUAUUAUAUAAGGUCCCCCAUAUAUACAUGCGUAAUAGUGCAGUUAACUCUAUAGAGUUGGUUGAUUUGAAAUACUCCAUUGAAACAAAGGAAAUUACUCACUUUCACAGCUGCUACCAUGAUAGCUAGGUAUGCAUGCAUUAUAAUGAUUAUUAUAUAUAUAUAAUUAUACAGUUGUUGCAUUUGAAUUGACUGCAGGGGCAACUCAAGUUAUACUUAUAACUGUUGUGUUGAGCAGACAGCUCAUGAGCCCCACCCACACUUCCUUGUUGAUGUCAAGUCAGCACUACCACAGUUGUAAAACACUGAUGAGGUAAUAAUUAGCACUAGCUAUAAUAUUAUUGUGAUACCAUACUAUAAUAUAUAAAGUAGACACAAUGGCUAGCCCCGGAGUAACAAGAGCUGACAGCAUGAUUGUACAGAGGGCACAUAUGAAGUCUCGGCCCCUUCUGAAGGACCUGGUGAAGGAUCUUGACACCCUUAUCGCCUGGCAACUGCUCAUGAUUAAGUUGGGAGUGGAAAAGUUUGAAAACGAUAAGAUAGAGAAGAAUUUUCCAAAUGAUAUUGAUCGACGAAAACAGGAGGCCUUUGACAAGUGGUUGAGGAUGAAACCUGAUGCUUGCUGGAAGGAUGUUAUUGAUGCUCUGUAUGAAAUGGAGGAGAUCACUCUGGCUAGUGGUCUUGCUAGGAAAUACGCCUGGGAAGAUCCAAGGGUAUACGUAAGCAGCAACUACUUAAGUACCUCUAAGGCUGCUCGUGUCACUGCCAGAAAAAUUGGUGAUAUACCUUGUCGAAAAUUUCUUCCUAAACUUUAUCAUGGACAAGAUUACUACACAUUAGAAGAUGCUUUAGUGCGACCAAUUGAUAGAAGAUCAGCAGAAGUCAGGACAACUUUUUUUUCAGAUCUUUUGCUCCCUCGACAUCCACGCCCCAACUUUAACAGUCUGGCCAAUUUCUUUAGGAGCAUUGAAGAAAAUAACAGUAAAAGCGACUUCUUGGUUGGGCUGGAAGCAAGGUUUGGACGUAUGUAUUUGAAACUGUAUCCAGAAAAUGUACUUCCUGCUAACUCAACUAGCAAAGAGUGGACGAAAUCCAAGUCACUUCGAAAAGCAGCAUUCAACACCCAAGUGGAAGAAGCCGAUGUUGGGCAACUGUUUGUUGGGAGGGAGCAGCUCGGGAAAAAGAUCACUGAAAUAUCUGUGAAAUUCAAAGUGGAGGGUCAACAUGAAGGGAGAUACUCGGCAGUCAUUGCUACGUAUGAAGAUGGUGACAUGUUUAGCCUGGAUGCAGUGUACAGAGAACCAGCCGUUGAUAAGAGAGCAAGAUUAAGCAUUGCUCUACCAGGAUACAAGUAUGACUUGAGGAUAUCUGAUUGUAUUGAAUGCAUCUUGCUAGCUGAACAUGAGAAAAGUAUACCUUAUCAGAUGGCCGAAUCUAUUACUAGGUCUUUGUGCAGACUUCCCGCUAGAAAGCUUCGUAUUAUUCUCCACGGAUCAUCUCGAAACAAGGAGAGCAUUUGGAAAGUCAACUACAUUCGACAACGUACUCAAAAGCAGUACAAAUGGAAACCAGAGAAAAAGUGGAUUUUGGCCCAGUACGAUGUUGAUGUCUUUGACUAUAAAACGAAUCGCACUGUGGAAGUGCACCCACUGAAUGAAGGAGUGGACAUUACCGAGGACUACUCUAGAAGUGAAGUCGAGCUUUGGGGUCAAAAGAUAUAUCCAAGUAAUGUUAGUGACACUCACCCCUCACGAGACAAGUACUACUACAUGGAAGGGAUUGAGGGAGUGCGACUGCCUGGGGGGGAACUCAGGGAGCCGUACAAUUGGACCACUAAGGAACUGUUGAGAGAUUUCGAGGAGUUUCUGGGAGAUGCAUUCAAGAUUGCUCACAUCCUUGAUGGAUCACCUUACUGAAUCAUUUUUUGGUUUGUUGAUCAACUAAUUAAUUAUCUGUAGUCAGUACGGAUGUCUCAUUCAUCUUAUCAUCGUCUCAAUUCAAAUCAUACUAUAGAGGUCAGUACGUAGAGCUUUCAUUAUGUUUCUUAAAAUGCCACAUCGUUAUUAUUAUACAGC